AUGUUCGGAGCUCCAUACAUUUGUCGACGAUGUUUCAAUGCAUCGUUGAAGCCUGCCAGGCGGCGACUGCUUAAAUUUUCUAGCUCUGCUACUCAUGGCUCCUUCUCACCGGCACUGCUAUCGCGAGCACGAAAUCUUGCUUCGGAACAGGAUCGGCUGAGCAAAGAGACAGCUGAGAGCUUUGAUGCUAAGAUUGCGAGACGCAUCGGAGAACUUAAAGGCGUAUCGGAAGCAUUGAAGGAAUGGGAGGCUGCCCAAGAUUCUUUGAAAGAGCUCAAUUCCCUGCUGAAAGACCCCACAACAGACUCUGAGCUCCGUGAACUCGCUGCGGAGGAUUUGUCGUUGACGGCUUCACAACUCGAGACGUUGUCGCAAAGAUUAGCUACCUCUUUGACGCCGAAGCAUCCUUUCCAAGACCUGCCAUGUCUAGUAGAAAUACGACCUGGUGUUGGAGGGGGAGAGGCGGCUAUAUUUGCAGCUGAUCUCUUGAGGAUGUAUCAAGCAUAUUGCUCGAGAAAGGGCAUGCGGUCAUCCUUGCUCAAGUACGAAACAGCCGAUGGUGACUCCGAUGGACAACCGCCUCUUGCAGAAGCUAUUCUCGAGGUAGAAUCCCCAGGAGCAUAUGGAGAACUGCGGAGCGAAGCUGGGGUACAUAGAGUUCAAAGAGUACCUGCUACCGAGAGCAAGGGCCGGACACAUACAAGUGCUGUCGGUGUGCUGGUCCUUCCAAGCCUGCCGAAGUCAGGCAGCGAGGGUCAAGAUAUUGGAGAUGCAGAUUUCAAUGACCCCGAGAGUGAUUACUACAUCAAUCCUGGAGAUGUACGAACAGACGUUAUGAGAGCACGUGGAGCGGGCGGUCAGCACGUCAAUACGACCGACUCCGCCAUCCGGCUUACGCACAUACCGACGAAUACCGUUGUUAGUAUGCAAGACUCGAGAUCACAGCACCAAAAUCGAGAACGAGCUUGGCAGUUGCUAAGAUCUAAGCUAGCGCAAGCGAAAAGAGAAGCAAGAGAGGAGGAGGUUGUCAAACUUAGGAGAGGCGUAAUUGGCAUUGCGAAAAUGGGUCGUGGAGAUAAAGUUCGGACCUAUAAUUGGGGACAACAAAGAGUCACGGAUCAUCGAAGUGGUCUCAGUGUCCAUAAUUUGGAUGAUGUAAUGGAUGGUGGAGAUGAUCUGGACAAAAUCAUAGAAAGUGUAAAGACCUGGCUUGGAGAUCGUGAGAUCGAGACGAUGCUCGCGGAGGACGAAGCAACCAACAAUGCCAGAUGA